GGUUCUAGGCGAUGUAGUACGGCCGUGACGGCCGUACGGUUCUGGUAGUUUAUUUAGUGACGCUAGGUUCUGGGUGUCUGGGCUGCAGCAGCUCUUGAUUCUGAGGCUUUGGCUCAUGCAGGAGUUUCAAAAUGUUUUGAAGGCCGAACUGCCUCGGCCUUCGAAGUUUGCUUCUCACACCCCGCACUACUCCCAUUCAUGCUAGGUUUACAUCUCGGCGAGUGCGUGAAGAGUCUCGAACUGCACUUGAACCUGACUUCACCGCGUUGUCUUUCGCUUCUGGCUUAAGCGUCGUUUUUCGCUUCUCUUGUGUGGUAUUUGCCAGGGCGAAACAAGCGCGAAGAUGCAGUGGUAUUUUUUGUUUUUGGUGAAAGACGAAAGUGGCCAGGAGUCGGCAGAGCAGUACCUCGACCACUUCACGGCACGGGCAAGUCGUGCUGCUGGACACAUACGUCUAGCAGCGAGGCACGUUGACCGGCUUGCUCCUGAAGAGAGCUUCCACUACGUUUUCGUGCCGGUCCUCGUGAGCAGCUUCGAAGGCCUGCAGUCGACAAUUUCCUGGACUAAGACGACAUUUGACACAUUCCGAGGGGAUCUACGGCGAUCCGUUGAGAAAGUCAAGCAACUCAAAGACCUCUACCAGCUUUCGUCAGAGUUGACCAAGAGGGAAGCUGAGAGCGUGGCAAAGCUGAUCCAUGACCUGCUGGACAGAUUGCCCAUCUUUGGGACAUUUAUGUUGGACGCAGUGCUCGACGAAGGCCUCUUUGACCAGUUGGACGUCAAGGGCAGUGUGCCGCUGUACGGAGCCCUCCUGCGGCUGUGGAAGUGGCACCACACACCACUCCUGGGUGGCGGCGCUCGCUUUGCACCCUGGCGGGAGCUGCUCAGCAUCGGGGAGGCCCCCGUCUUAUCCAGCCAGUUGCCCCUGUGGAGAGGAUUGGCCAAGGUGGGAAAUGGUGCACCUUUUGGCCACUUUGAGAUUGAGUGGUCGGGGCCCUCUGCCGAGCCCUUCCUUGGAGUCGGAGCAUCCCACCAAGAGGACAAUCUUCUGUGGAGCUGCGCCAUUGAGGUCCUGGAUGAAUUUGACUCUGAGAGUCUUCCAGCACACCUGCUAUGUCCGGUGCCACUCAGGCUGGUGACUAAGUCAGCCUGUGUGAGCAAGGCCUCCAAGUUCCUUGCAUACUGCAUCGCCAAUCCAGAGAGAUGUGCAGUUGUCCGCCUGUCCUACUGGGAUGUGUGCGACCUGAAGAGCGGGCCCCCCCAAUGCACCAGCCGCACUUGGAGGACAGCAGUUCAGACAGGCCAGUGGCUGCAGGAUCCUGCUGCUCAGGAGCCAAGCGGGAGCCUUCACUUUGUGCUCAUCCCGCACCGCAGUUCGGUGAUGCUGCUUCCACUGCAGAAGUUGCCCCCAGCCCCGGUGUUGAGCCUCAGUUUCGCAUGCAGCAGACCAGGAGGCAGCUAUGCACCAAUCGCACCUGACGAGCAGUUGGAUUGUCAACUCAUCCAAGGAAUACCACUAGUUUCAGCGACCAGCAUUUUCUCGUCGGUGCAGCAAAUGAACACUGCUUUCCUGGCACCCCCGAGAGAUUUCUUAGGUGAUAAAGGCCGGACCCUUGCAGAUGCAACAGGGUUUGGGAGUGCCUCUUGGGAGCUGUCCAUCAGUCUGGCUGAUCUGGUAGUGGACAGCACUGCUGUCUCGGCUCCUGCAUCAGAGAGGAGCAAUCUCUCGAGUUUGGAGAAAUGUCAGCUUUCAGAAGUGAUUGGGGAUCCUUCGGACUGGCCAGAGCGGAGAGCCCUGCUCCUGAGCUCAGCUGACAUGGCCAAGCUCUCUGACAACUCAACGAUGACUAGAAGUGGCUCAGCUCCGAAGACCAUAGCUGUGUCAGCAAAGGACAUCCUGAGAUUUUUUGACGAGUUGGGGAAUGCCAAGAGGCCACCGUUGGAAGCAAUAAGCUACGAGAGAGGCCUUGCAGCCCCCUCGGUGGACAAAGAGCAGUUGAAGAUAGCAGAGUGGCCACGGUGCCUCCAGUGCAGGUACCACGACGUGUAUUACAAUGUGGACUCGAAAAGCUACGAGAGUUGCGGCCAAUUUGUGGGAGAAAGGACCCCACUGGAUGAAACUGCCACAACCUGCAUUCCGAACCGGGCAUCGUCGGUGCUUGCCAUCGCCGAGGUGACCGCCUCGGCAGCAUCUUCCUGUGGCUCGUCCCCCAUCCCCCGGAAAAGUGGGCGCAAAACAUCGUCCACCGCGCCCGUCGGAGACAGUGUGCCGAGCGGUGCCGACGAACUGCGAAGAAGUCCUCGAAAGAAGUGCACCGUGAUUGCGGGCCAGCGGACGACAAGCUCAAGACUACGGAGGAGUCCGCGAAAAGCUGCAGCGGAGAAGUCUGCCACAGGGAGGCUGCAGCAGGUGACGCAGGCCAAGAGCCCAAGGAGACUGGACUUGGAGAGGGUCAGACGGAGAGGUGAAAUGCAGGCUCCAGUGGCAUCACCGACAAACCCCAACAGUUCAGCAGCCACUCGCAAGCUGCGGCUGAAGCUGCGCGUUGCCGUGGCCAAUGCACUCGAGCAGAAUGGAGUGCCGCAGAGGAGCUUGCUGUUCAAGUCCUGCGGGAAGAAGCUGUUUGCUAUCUGCUGGACCUUCGCUGAGGACCUUGUCGGUAGUGGACGGGUGAGCCGGCUCUUGCAAAAUAUUGCGGAUGCACAUGUGAAGCAGGUGGUGGAAUUCGAGCGGCUCAAGUGUGGCUUUAGCGACUCCUGACAUGAUUCUGCCGCAUUGGAGUCUGGCUUCUGCCCGCUAACACCACACAUUUGUCCACAAGCCCUCGGACAGUUUGUACAUAGGAGGAAACAAUGAGUGUUCUACAACCAA